AUGACGUUGUCGGAGCGUCAGAAUGCAGCCAUACUAUUGGAGAACACGACGAUCACACCAUUCGAAAACGCACAGUCAAAGUUGAUAUUUCCAAUCUUAUGCAAAAUAUGCGAACGAAUCUUCACAGAUAUUAACCAAAUACGUGAACAUUUAAUAUCUGAACAUAGGAUUUGUUUUACAUCCUCUGGUAACGGAGUCGUGGUUUACAAUUUGACGCCCAAAAAUGGACAAUUCUCGUGUCACGUUUGCGACAAAUUGUUUCAAACCUUCAUUCUAUUAAACCGACAUUUAAAUGUGCAUUUUUGUAAUGCGGUUUGUGAAAUUUGUGGUGCUGGAUUUAUUACACAUCAGCGUCUUUUACAACACAAAGAGAUACAUUCAGGUGGAUAUCCUUGUACCAAAUGCAAUAAAAUUUAUACAACAAAUUCUAAUUUGAAGUAUCAUAUUGAGAAAAAUCAUCAAGGUGGCACUAAAAUGCGCACUUUGCGAUGUACACAGUGCUCGGAGAGAUUCACAGAACACUUUAGAAAGUUGAAACAUCUUAAAGAAGUUCAUGGUAUAACGUUUACUUUCGAAUGCGAGUUUUGCAAAUUAGUUUUUCCAAGUCGUAGAUCUUUAACAAUGCAUACAAAUAAAUAUCACUCUAUAAAAACUCAAUGCGAAGUCUGUAAGAAGAAUUUUAGUUGUAUAACAACUCUGAAGAAGCAUAUGGUUUCACAUACAGGAGAGAGGAACUUUGGAUGUAAGAUUUGUGAUAAAUCUUACCGUCAUCAGAAAAGUCUUAAGCAACAUAUGCAAGUUCAUGAUACAAAAGAUAAUUACACUUGUUCAGAUUGUGGAAAUAACUUUCCUAAUAGAAACGAGUUUAACAAACAUAUGAAAGAUUGGCAUCGACGAUGUUUAUUAGAUUACAAUGUACGCUAAUAAAUUAUUCAAUAUUUCGUGAGACAUUAUACUAAACUGAUAUAAAAAAAGCGAC